AUGACCUGGAGACUCUUAUCUGCACUGAUUGUCUCAAGUAAUACCGUUGGUCUCAAGGAACCAGGUCACCCUCCUGUUAAACAUUCUUUCCAUAAGUUUAGCCAGCACGAAUGUGAGGAAGAUGGGUACGAGACUGGUCUCCCAGAUUUUGUUGAAAAUCGUCACAUGGUUUCCUUGGCUGUUGGUCCCAUUCUAAUUAGACAUUCCGGAUGA